AUGUUUCAUCGUGAAGGAGCGUCUACAGUACGACCACCUCUCUUGGAUGGAUCAAAUUACUCAUACUGGAAAUCGAAGAUGAAAAUGUUCAUCAAGUCCGUUGAUGAACGAGCUUGGCGUGCUAUCGUGACUGGUUGGACCCCGCUCAUGGCUAAAGGAACGGAUGCAAAAAGGGCAUGGGAGAUCCUACAAGUGACGUAUGAAGGCACAUCAACUGUUAAAACAUCUAAGCUGCAGAUGCUAGCCACGAGAUUUGAGAGUCUUCAUAUGGAGGAGGACGAGACGAUUGCUGAUUUCCACGCUAAGCUGUGUGAUAUCUCAAAUGAAUCGUAUGCACUAGGUGAACAAUACUCGGAAACAAAGUUGGUAAGAAAGGCACUACGUUCAUUACCAGAAAGAUUCGCUUACAGAGUUGCAGCAAUCGAAGAAGUGAGAGAUAUCAAUACGCUAAAGCUAGAUGAACUCAUGGGUAAACUGCAAACCCAAGAAAUGAAUUUUAGAGCAAGUAUUCGAGAAAAGAAAAAGGUGAAGAAUGUGGCAUUCCAGGCUGAAGCUUCCCAUGGCAUCCCACAAGACCAAACAUUUCAUGAGUAUGACAUUGAUGUUGAAGAAUCCUUAGCAAUUAUGUCAAAUAACCUCGAAAGCUUGCGUCAAAAGCUUGAAAAUAGAGGAAGUUCCUCUCAAUCAGGUAAGUAUGUUAACCCUAAAAAUUUUAAAAAGUUUUCUAAUAAUGGUUAUUCUGAUGAUGCAAAGUCUAGGAGAAUGCAAUGUCGAGAGUGUGGGGGUUUUGGACAUAUUCAGGUCGAGUGUGCUAACACUUUGAAGAAAAAGAGGAUGUCACUCACCACUGUUUGGAGUGAUAAAGAGGACAGUGAUGAGGAUGAGAACAACAAAGAAGAUCAAACCACAAACUUUAUGGCAUUCAGUGGUACUACUCAGAUAAGCAAGUGCAAAGAGACUGUCGCUGAAACUGUUGCAACAGUCUGUCCAACAGAACUCAAGUAUGAUGAAUUAUCUUCAAAUAAGGACAAUAGUCUGACUUCACCAUUUAAUUUUGCAGGUGAAUCUGAAAGCAGUAGUGAUGAUGAAAAGCCAACCAUCGAAGAGGUGAAAGAUGUAUAUGAAAAAAUGUACCGGAAGUGGCUUGAAGUAUCUGAGGUAAAUAAGCGCCUUGAAAAGGAUAAGCAUGUUCUCAUAGAGGAAAAUAAAGUGUUGAAAGUAAGAAUUUCUACCCUUGAACAAAAUGUUAUUUCUUCUAGUAGAGAUAUAGAUAGCUUGAAGGCUAAAUUUGCUCAAACCCAAGAUGUUAUUUCUAAGUUUAAUACUGGUAGAGUAACUUUGAAUGAAAUUUUGAACAAAAAUCAGCCGAACUACGGUCGUAUGGGUAUAGGGGGUAACCAGCUAUCUACUGAUGUUAUUCUGAAUUUGCUAACCCUUGUUCAUGCAGGUCUUCACAAGAAUAUAAAAGGAGGAGUUAUAAUGCCGACGUUAUUUGCUGAGUUUUUUAUUACGUGGGUGAUUUACCACGUCGCCCUCCAAGUCUACAAAGCCAAGCAAUUUACUCAAGGGGAGAAAAUGUUAGAAUCAAUCAAUGACAAAGGGGGAGAUUGUUAG